GAUGAUUAUGGGUUUUUAGAAUUUGUUUUCCUACAACAUGCUGUACCUGAUUGUCACAAUCCGCAGUUUGUUAUGGGUGCUCCUGAGUUUGUUUUCCACCUUACUGAUGCUCAGCGCUUUUCUUAGUCCAUCUUGGCUUUUGGCAGCACCAGAAACUGUUUAUUUUGAAAAUGAAACGGUUAUUUACAGACCUAGUGUGGGGGUAUACGCCAAAUGUAGUAAACCUAUCAGAUCUGAAUAUCCUAUUUGCACACUUCUAGCUUCAAGAGGACUAGCUACUGAUUCGUUUGUUUACCCAAUUCCAUGGAAAGCAGCCACUGUAUUUUUGGCUUUGGGUUUAGCAAUUAUGUCCCUCACAGUUUGCACAGGACUAUUGAGUUGUUGCUUUCAAAGUAUCUUUAAGAAGAGUAUUUUCAACAUAUCAGGUGCUGGUCAAGCUAUUGCAGGUAUCUUCUAUAUAAUAGGGGUCAUGCUGCAUCCCAUGGCAUGGGGAAGUGAGAGAGUACAGAAACUUUGUGGAAGGGAAGCAUCUGCAUUUUAUCCUGCAGAUUGUUCUCUGGGAGUAGGGUUUUGGAUAGCUAUAUCAGCAACAGUUCUCACCUUUGUAGCUUCCUGCUUAUCUUUGCCGGCAGAAAAAUCCACAAGUAGUGAUAAAGUCCAAGACAAGAUUUAUGAAGGGCAAACACUUAUAUGUUUAACCUAAAAAGGUGUAUCAGCAGCAUAUGCUCGUAUACUAUCCAUAAGAGAUUCUUCAUACUCUGACGUAUAAAAGGUAAGUUUAGGAAAAUGGGGAGCAAAAUAGGCAGAAUGUUGACCAGUACCAGAUGAGA